AUGUCGUGCGGCGCCUUGGUGAGGGCGGUGGCGGCGGCGGCCCUGCCCCACCGCCUGCAGCUCGCCCACAGCGCCCGGCUGCGUGCCCUGGCCAACUCGGCAGCAGAGGCAGUCAGCAACGGGGAGGCAUCAAGCGUGCAGCAGCAGCAGGGGCAGCCGGCAGAUCUGCAGCCUCACGGGCAGCAGCAGCAGCAGCAGCAGCAGAAGGCUUCCAAGCCGCAGAAGCAGGGCAAGCAGCCCAAGGGCAAGAAGGGGGCGGCGCCAGAGAGCACUUCAUCGGAUGAGGACAUCCGCAAGCUGCGCAUACAAAAGGCAGAGGAGCUUCGCGCAGCCGGGCGGGAGCCAUACGCCUACACCUUCCCCCGCACCCACACCGCGGCGCAGCUGCAGGAGCUGCACGCGGGGCUGGGCGAGGGGCAGGUGGCGGAGGGUGCAAGCGUGGCGGUGGCGGGGCGCGUCAUGUCGCGCCGCUUCAUGGGCAAGCUGGCCUUCUUCAAGCUGGUGGACGCAUCCGGCUCCAUCCAGCUGUACAUUGAGCGUGCCGUGCUGGACGAGGCCCAGCCCGAGGCCUUUGCCGCGGUUAAGGGCCUGGUGGACUCUGGGGACAUUGUGGGUGUGCGGGGCGGCAUCAAGCGCACCGAGAAGGGGGAGCUGUCGGUGACGGUGGAGUCUCUCGAGGUGCUGACCAAGAGCCUGCUGCCACUGCCCGACAAGUGGCACGGGCUGAGCGAUGUGGAGCAGCGGUACCGCAAGAGGUACCUGGACAUGAUUGUGACCCCGGGCGUGGUGGACACCUUCAAGGCCCGCUCCAAGACCAUCAGCACCAUGCGGCGCAUGCUGGAGGAGCAGGACUUCCUGGAGGUGGAGACGCCGGUGCUGGAGUCGUCUGCGGGGGGCGCCGACGCGCGCCCCUUUGUCACCUACCACAACGCCCUGGGCCGCAACUUCACCAUGCGCAUCGCAACAGAGCUGCACCUCAAGCGCCUGGUGGUGGGCGGCCUGGAGCGCGUGUUUGAGAUUGGGCGCAUCUUUCGUAACGAGGGCAUCUCGGCGCGUCACAACCCCGAGUUCACAUCCAUCGAGCUGUACCAGGCCUAUGCCGACUACAGCGACAUGAUGGAUCUCACAGAGGCAAUCAUUCGCACCUGUGCACAGGCGGUCUGCGGCCAGCUGCAGCUGCCCUACCAGGGGCAGGUGCUGGAUUUUGGUGCGCCCUUCUGCCGUGCCACCAUGCACGACCUGGUGCGGGACAAGACGGGGGUGGACUUUGAGGCCUUUGGCGGCGACCUGGAGGCCGCGCGCGCCGCGGCGCUGGAGGCACUGCGCCAGCACAGCGACACAUACGCUGUGCAGCAGGCGGUGCUCAAAGCACCCUCGGUGGGCCACGUGCUGAACGAGGUGUUUGAGGGGCUGGUGGAGGCAGACCUGCAGCAGCCCACCUUUGUGCUGGACCACCCGGUGGAGAUCUCGCCCCUGGCCAAGCCCCACCGCUCCCGCAAGGGGGUGGUGGAGCGCUUUGAGCUGUUUGUGGUGGGGCGGGAGCUGGCCAACAGCUUCAGCGAGCUGACCGACCCCGUGGACCAGCGGCAGCGCCUGGAGGCGCAGGUCGCGGCACAUCAGGCGGCCGUGCAGCAGCAGCAGGCGGCGGCGGCCGUCGCCAACGGCGCCGGCGCCGCCGAGGCUGCCAGCGGCGAGGAGGAGGCGUACGAGGUGGUGCUGGAUGAGGACUUCCUGGCGGCGCUGGAGUACGGCAUGCCCCCCACGGGCGGCAUGGGCAUGGGCAUCGACCGCCUCGUCAUGCUGCUCACCGACUCACCCUCCAUCCGCGACGUCAUCGCCUUCCCCCUCAUGAAGUGAAGGGGCUUGGAGGCGCUGAAAGUGGCAGGGGCUGUCGACGCACGGGCGGCGCCUCAGGGAUGCAGUUGGCAACAGGGGAUGCGGAACUGGAAAGCUAGUAUGGAGCACUGCUAUUUUGC